AUGGCAGAUUUGUAUGGCCCAACAGAUGCCGCAAUGUGCAAAAUGUUCCGCACCACUCUCUCCAAGCGGGCCAUGAAUUGGUUCAACUCUCUACCUACAGGAUCGAUUGACACCUUCGCUCGAUUGUCGCAACACUUCACCAACCAAUUCUCCAUCAACAAACAAUAUGCCAAGACCCCAGCACACCUUUUCUCUGUAGUACAAAGAGACAACGAAACGCUCCGCAAUUACAUCAAGCGUUUUGUGGAAGCCGUCCACGAAGUCCCAAGCUUAGGACAAGACAUGCUCUCCGGGAUCAUGCAACAAAACUUGAAGUCGGGUAGGUUCAAAGAAUCGAUUGUCGGAAGGCCUCCAGGCAACCUAGAGGAGUUGCUGAACCGUGCAGAGAAAUAUGUGCGAAUAGAGGACGCGUCUACCCAUGCUCCUCCCAAGAGCAAGAGAGAAGAUGACCGACAAGACGCCAGGAGACGGGACGAUUGA